UGUGACCUUGGGACAAUGUGGAAAAUUUGUAGCCGAAACGUAGGGUUCCGAUGCCGUCUCGUUGUUGAGCUGUAUGGUUUGUUAUAGUAAAAAUUACGAACUGCAGAGGUCAUCCUAUUGCUUUUUAACGCCUCUACAUGACACCAACAAAGCCUGAGAAAUACUAUUUCUCCAAGAUCCAGCUGUAUGAUCCUAAUGAAAUCGUAAAUUACGGGAUUCAAAAGCAAAUCCAAAAGAAAAAGAAGCGAAAACUAGCAAAACUCGAGAAGCAGGGAAUAUUUGUUGGGAGAGACCCGGUUAAAUUAUUUAAAAAAGCCAACAGGAAAACUGAAUCAGCAUCUAACCACACAGACCUAACAUCCGUUGAUAUCAUUCGCAAAAAAUGGAAAAUUGCGUCACUCAGAGCUCAAGGUGUGAAGGUUAAGGAUGAUAUUUCACUUCUGAAAAAGGCUGCUUGUAAGGUACAUAAACUGAAACGUAAACGAGCUAAAAACUGGGAAAAGCGUAUAGAGGCUAAUGAAGAAAAGAAACGUGAAAGACAAGCUAAAAGAACCACUAAUAUUCAAGCAAGAAGGAUGAAAAAACUUUCGAAAAAACUGAAUAAAGCUCGUGAAAAAGGAAGGGUUUUCUUUAAUUGUGAAUAAAUAAUUAUAUUUUGUAAAUAUCAUGAAACACUAUAGUUCUUACUGAUUCACCUUUUGGAAUUCAUUUAUAUAUCUGAGUUUUGGUACAGAGA